AUGGGCGAUCCGCAAUGGACGGAGCAUGUACCCCAGCAUUACAUGGCCGUCAGCAGGAAACCAGCCGAUGAACACGGAGUUGCAGACCGGCGGCGUCCAAACCCCGAGCUUCACGCCUCGGACGUUCUUCAAAUUCGAUGUCUGAAGGAGACGGAACUCGCAUGCCAUGCACGAGUUCUUCAAACCCCAAUUGCCGUCUUCCGCCGCCUUGCCCUCAGCGCACAAAACUCAGCUACGGACCUUGAUGGACGGAUGGAGGACCGGAUGUUCGCUCUGACGAGUAUCUGCUCCCGGGCUGGCUCAUCAUCCCUGCUCGCAACGCUCUCGGACGUGCAACACCCGCUCGCGCUGGCUUUGCAAAGGAACACAGCCGGUCCGCUCGAUAGGCGGGAUUUCGCGGUCAGUAGGAAAGCAGAAGCCUUUGGCAUUCCCCGAAAGGCGGGCUUUUGA